AUGACUCUGUGCAAAUUCUUUCAGCAGGGCACUUGCAGAUUUGGAAAUUCUUGCAGAUUCGAGCAUUCUACCGGAGGCGGUGCGCAGUCCUCGAAUCGGUUCGGCGCCCUCGGCGGCGGCGGCGGUGGCAAUGGCUCCCAGUUCCAACGCGACUUAGAUAAAUACUACAUCAAGCUCGAUGCCUUGGAGGCCGAUCUGACGACCGAAACCCCGACAUGGAUCCUCUCUGCCUACGCUCCGGGCCGCGAGGCUCCCGACCAGCUCUUUGGCGGGCCCAUGCGUGAGCAGAGCUUCGAGGAGAUGCGGUUACACUACAUGAAGGGAAAGGCAGAAGGCAACGAACAAAAAGCGCUUGCUGAAGCUGGAGAGCUGUAUCAAAAUGCCCAGGCGCAGAUGCAGGCUGCAGCGCGCAAUGUCAGCGAAGCUGCCAAGUAUGUCAUUGAUGGUGAGAAUCGACACCCGAACCGGACCGACGUCUGCCAGCAGGGCACGCAGGGAGCGCCCUUUGGCGAGUUUCUGGUUGGCAGACGACCCAAGUCGAUAGCGCCGGAGCAGCCUGCAGCCGCGAAUCCCUUUGGCUCGAAUAGCAACACCGCUGCUGCUGCUGCUGCUGCUCCUGCCAACCCGUUUGCUUCGAAUAGCAGCACGACCAACGCGUCGUCGCCCUUUGGGGCCGCAGUGGCGGCCAACGCAACGCCCACGACGAGUGCCUUUGGACAAGCUUCUGCGCUGGGCCAAAAGCCCAACCCGUUCGGCGCGCCCGCCUUUGGGCAACCAGCCCAACCCGCCGCGGGGUUCGGACAGCCGUCGCAACCAUCUGCUUUCGGCCAACCAGCACCACCAUCACAGCCGUCAGCUUUUGGGCAGUCGGCACAGCCAACGCAGCCAUCGGCUUUUGGGCAGCCCUCGCAACCGACGUCUUCUGCCUUUGGACAGCCGUCGGCCCUGGGCGCAAAGCCGAGCCCCUUUGGCGCUCCCGCCUUUGGGCAAUCUGCGCAGCCUGCCACUGGUGGGCCCCAGCCCUCUGCCUUUGGCCAGCCAAGUCAACUCGGUGCAAAGCCGAAUCCGUUUGGAGGAAACGCCAACGCAGGACCGAGUCCUUUUGCUGCUGCGUCUAACGCUUCCGAGAAGCCGGCGAAUCCCUUUGGAGGAAAUAGCAAUGCCGGUCCAAGCGCUUUUGCUACUACAUCCAACACUACCGAGAAGCCGGCGAAUCCUUUUGGAGGGAACAGCAAUGCCGGCCCGAGCCCUUUUGCUACGGCGUCGAGUAGCAAUGCUCAACCAGCGAAUCCCUUCGGUGCACCUUCAACAAACAACCAGGCAAACCAGCCUGCCCCAAGUCCGUUCGCAAGCCAGACACCGGCCCAAAACAAGACUGCGAGCCCCUUUGGGCAGCCAGCUGCCGCACCCAGCUCAAAUCCCUUUGGCAGCGGGGGAGCUUCCACAACGCCAGCAGGGAACCCUUUUGCAACUGGAGGCCAGCAGACAGGUGGCGGCGGAGCGGCACCAAACCCUUUUGCAGCAGCGCAGCCCAAUACGCAGGCACCUUCGAAUCCCUUUGGCAGCGCUCGAGCCAAGCCAGCCCAGCCUGCGGCACCAGCUGGUAACCCUUACCCGCCUGGAAGCUCCAAACAGCAUCCUGCUGCGGAGAGCUACAUAAAUAAGAAUAUGGAUGGGACACUGGCGGCUUUCAAAGGCAAGGCCGUUACGUACAAUGAGGAUAGCCCUGGUAUUCGUGCCUUUGACGGCACAUGGACGCGCAUCUGGUUCCCCAACGGCGCGCCCAACUACUACAAGGACACGGAGCUGCCCUUGGACAAGUAUGAUGACAAGACCAAGGCGCAGUGGCAGCAAUUUGAGCAAACCGGGCAGUUUGCCGAUGGGUUGAUGCCCUCGUUGCCUCCACCGCGCGAGUGUACAACAUGGGAUUUCUAG